CGUCCCAUCUGUUGGAAUCAGCAGAACCCCGCCUGGGCGACUUUAUAAUUGCACAGUGUUCCCGUCUGUCGCAACCGUAGCGAGAAAAGUGUCAUCUAUCGUCAGUCAACAACAAUCAAUCCAUCAUGGCUCCCCCAACAGCAACCGAGACUAUUAGCAACAUGACUGUGCGAGCCCCGCAGUCAAGCCAGGCGGAGGGCGCCGAAAAAGCCAAAGUCAAGAUGCAGAUGCCCAGCAUGCCCAAGUUUGAAGACAAAAUGCAGGAGCGAGAGUACCUCAAGGGCCGCCUGGCUGCUGCAUUCCGAAUCUUUGGCAAGAACGGAUACGACGAGGGUGUCGCCGGUCAUAUCACUCUUCGCGACCCAGUUGACCCUUCGACUUUCUGGGUAAAUCCCUUCGGUACUGCUUUCUCUUUGAUCAAGGCAUCCGAUUUGAUUCAAGUCGACCACUCAGGCAAGGUCAUCGACGGCGGGCCGAACCGCAUGCUCAACGCCGCGGCGUUUAUGAUUCAUUCUGCGAUUCAUGCUGCCCGACCGGACGUACUGUGCGCAGCUCAUAGCCACAGUCUGUACGGGCGCGCAUUCUGCUCCCUGGGACGGCCGCUCGAUAUUAUCACGCAGGAUGCCUGCGCAUUCUACGAUGACCACGUGGUAUACAAACAAUUCAACGGCGUAGUCCUCGCCGAGCAGGAAGGCAAGGAUAUCGCUGCCGCACUGGGUAACAAGAAAGCUGCCCUCCUGCAAAACCACGGUCUUCUCACCGUCGGCAAGAGCAUUGAAGAGGCAGUUUUCUGGUUUGUUAGUCUAGAAAAAUCCUGCCAGGCACAGCUCCUUGCCGAUGCUGCGGCGGCUGGACGAGGUGGGCAGACGGUGAAGAUUGAUGAUGCGGACGCUGCCUUUACAUACAAGACUGUUGGGACGCCGUUGGCUGGGUGGUUUAGUGCGAAGCCACUAUUUGACGUCAUCCAUAAGGAGACAAACGGAGACUAUCUCCAAUAAAUCGUGAAUUCAUGGUCGAGAACCCCCCAACCCCACUUGUCCUUCAAUAGUAUGCUGUUCUAGCCCAUCAGUUGACAGAUAGUAAUAAAAUUGCAGACUCUUAAAUCUUGUGC